CAAGAAGUACUCUUCACAUGCUCAGAGGCGGCCCCGCUUUUCUUGACGAGCAUAUAAGAACCAACCCCAACUCAGGCGCGACCUGACACAGGUACGCGGCUUGGGAAAGGAAAGCCGCAGCUCGGCGCGCGCCUGGCGACUCCCCUUUCAGCCGGACGCAUCCACGGGGCAGGAAAGGGGGGAGCCGCCUUCCGCACGUCCCGAACAAGCCGCGCAACGAGCUUCCGCUCGCUUUACUCCGCCUGAUCCCCUCGACGAGAAGCGUCAGUAGCCGGGCGGGGAGGGAAAGGAAAGGUGUGGGAGGGCGGCGCGCCUCCUUUCGACGCCCUCGCCCGCUGUCUCUCUCCCCCCCCCCCCGCGCCACCGCGCCGCCUUAGUCCGGCCCUGCCCCGCGCCGAGGUUUCCCUUUGCCCUGAGGGACUGCGCUGUGCUGCUCUUGCUUCGCGCCGGGAAGGCAGAGCCGGCGGCCGGAGGAGCUGGGCGUCGGGAGGCGCCCGCAGCGACGCCGCCAGCGGCAGCGCGAAGCCCGGGCCAUGAGGAGCCGCCGUGACUCUCUAGCGACUCCGCGCGACUCCCUCGCCGCCGAGGCCCCGGGGGAUGCCCUCUAGGCGCGAGGAUGAGGCAGAGCAGGGGGCAGCGGAUGGUCCUGGCCACUUGCCUGGGCUCUCUGCUCCUCGUCGUCUUCUACUUCCAGAGCAGCUCCAACCCAGCUGCAGAGGACAGGAUUCUGAAGUCCAGUUGGCAUGGAAAGUCCGGUCGAAGUCCACUUCAGGCUCUUUACCACGGUGAUCAGUUUGAGCAGUCCUCCUUGCAGGCAACGCACCAGCGCAGGCGGGACCUGCUGAACAAGGUGUGCAACCGUUACACGCGCAAGCGGCGCCUCCUCACUCCUGACGACUUGCGCCACCUGGUGGUUGACGAUGUUCACGGGCUGCUGUACUGCUACGUCCCCAAGGUGGCUUGCACUAACUGGAAACGGGUCAUGAUGGUCUUGACCGGGCAGGGCAAGUACCAGGACCCGCUGGAAAUCCCAGCCAACGAGGCGCAUGUGGCUUCCAACCUGCACACUCUCUCUGAGUACAGCAUCCCCGAAAUCAACUACCGCCUGCGCAACUACCUCAAGUUCAUCUUUGUGCGGGAGCCUCUGGAGCGGCUGGUCUCUGCCUACCGCAACAAGUUCACCCGCAGCUACAACACGGCAUUCCACAAGCGCUACGGGACCAAGAUAAUCCGGCGGCAUCGCCAGGACCCCAGCGACGAGGCCCUGGAGCACGGCCAUGACGUGCGCUUCGAGGAGUUUGUGUACUACUUACUGGAUCCGCAGACUCAGCGCGAAGAGCCUUUCAAUGAGCACUGGGAGCGAGUGCACUCCCUCUGCCACCCCUGUAUCAUCCACUAUGACGUGGUAGGCAAGUACGAGACAUUGGCCAAGGACUCCAAUUACAUCCUGCGACUGGUUGGGGCUGACGCAGGCGUCAAGUUCCCCUCCUCCUCCAAGACCACCAGGACCAACGACGACAUGACGGCUAAGUUCUUCCAGAACAUCAGCCCCUUUUACCAAAGGAGGUUAUUUAAUUUAUACAAAAUGGAUUACUUGCUCUUCAACUACUCCAUCCCGACUUACUUGCGCACCCGAUGAGGUGGUGACCAAGCACCCGGGCCUCCCUUUGCCUUUCCUGAUUUCUGCUGUCAGCCAAUGAACAUAAGAUAAGAGAUAACCCUUCCUCUCUUGUUGUGAUGGUCAAUCCAUUCGGACUCCAGUUUGUCAAAACUGCAGCCACUGUUCCUGUCUCUUCCUUUCCCUUAUUUCAGUUAAAGAAAUCUACUGUUGUUUGAUUAUCCUUCCUCAGCCAAAGAGAAUUGUUUCCAGGAGAACACAGGAAUUGUGGCCUCUUUUUUUUUGGUAAGGAGAUUGGAGAAUCAACCUGGAGCAAUCAGAGAAGCAAUAAAACAUGAUAUGCAUUUUAUGUGUUGUUUAAUAUUCCCCCAAAGCCUUUCUCUCUCUCCUCGUAGAUUGAAGAAGCAGGGGGUGUGAGCCAAAAGUGUCUUAUUGUGAACAAUGUCUUUAGUGUGAACUAGAAUUUUUCUGUGAGACAAAGCCUUAUUUCAUGUCCCCUCCUCGCUCUUUCUCUCUCAACCAGUGUUGGAUAUGACUGAGCACUUACUGCACACAAAGCCCACCAAGUUAUACUCCCAAGCAAAUUCCAUUUAUAUGAAUAGACAUUGCACUGGGGCAGUGCUGCUUCAUAUAUUUUCCAUUGGAGUAGGGUGGGGUAUGCACACAUAUUCAUGCAUAUGAAUGGCCUGAACCAAAGCAGAAAUGAAUGCCUUUCUUCAAUCCUUAAAAAAAAAAGUCAACCUGCAGUCAUUGCAUGAAGGAAUUGCUGUGGCUUUCUUUAUGUGCAUCACUCAGGAGUAGCCAACGUGAUACCUUCUAUAUAUUGUGGAUGAUAACUCCCAUCAGCCCCAAUCAGCAUGGCCAACAGCCAAGGAUGAUGGGAGUUGCAGUCCAAAUCAUCUGACAGUCACCAGAUAGGCUACCCUUGGCCUAGCUCACCAUGGGCCUAACCAACUUAAGCUCUAGAAACAGGUUCUUUAAUCUGAAAAAUGGGUGGAGAUGGAGACAGAGUUGGGAACACCCUUGGUAUUAGAAGGCUAGCAAUGUUUCGUUUUACCAGUCUGAGGGGAAAUGUACCUUGAAUUAGAAUUGAGCUUUUUGAUCUGGUUCACACAACCCAGUAAGCCAAACUAUGGCUUAUGGGGGACUACAUGGGCAUCUGGGUUCCCAGAGAGCAGCUUGCCACUGCUUUGUUCUCCCACCCUCAGUCAUUUUUGCUCCUGUAUUGUGCUAAGCCAAGGUGCCUUCUGGACCAGAGCUUGUAGCUAAGUGAUGUCUCACUCACUAUGAGUUGUAACCAAGAGCAAGCCUUUGGUUUCUCAUAUUGUGUGAACCAGGCCUUUGUGCCCCACACCAUUUACUGUCCCACCAGGUCUGACUCCAUAGAAGGGAUCCUGCUCACCCCACAGACCUCUCUUGGCAAGUGGAGCAUGUAGAACAUGCCUUGUAGGACUAGUCAGUUUCCUGCCCUUGCAGGUAUCCAUCUUUCUCUCAUGCGAUUUCCAGAGGAGGGAGAUAAUGUCCCUGGGAAGAUGGCUGCCAUCUUUUCUCUAGGAAAGCCUGCAUCCUCUUUACCAAUCAUCAUUCUUAGGAGGGAAAGAAGUGUAUAUUUUUAGCAGUGGCCUUCACCUCAGAGCUAGCCACUCUCUAAGCCUGAAACAAAGGAGAGGAUGUAGGGCUGUAACUCUGAGGUGGGGCAGGCAGCAUUCUGUAUUUAGAUGCUGAGCUGUGGGCUUCUAAUUGCAGCUCCAGAAUAAAUGCAAUCCCUGUGUGCCCUGUAAAUUAGAGGUGUCUGGAAUGUUCAGAGCAAAAGCUGGACUUUUGGAAGUGGGAAAUAAAAACGCCCCUUCCCUUCCAAACCCCCGAACCAUGCUUUUAAAAAUGUUGCUUAUGGUUCUUCACAACCCUUUUGUUCCACCCUCUCUUGCUCCUUCAGUGCCAUUGUUUUCCUGCUUUCCCAGCCCCAAUAUGGGGAUCACAUAUUGACCCCUAUGAGGUCACAAUGCCAUAUAGCCAAUUGGAUUUUACUAAACAGUGACAUCAUGACACAUACUUGGAGUGGGAGCUGUGCUUCUUUUGCUGACCCUGAGAGAGGGCAGCUGCUUUCCCCUUUGUUUCCAGCCCUCCCAGGAAAUUCAAACAGAAGAGGAGUACUUUCCCUAAGGGAAACACUUUUACAAAAGGCACUUCCCCUUCAUGCCAACCUCACUACAUAUAUUUAUUUAUUGCCUUAUUAGGGUAAUGUCUCGACUGUUUCCCCCCAUAGAAUAGGCAUGGGCAACCUGUGUGCCUCCAGAUGUUGUUGGGACUCCCAUCAGCCCAAACCAGCACAGCCAAUAGUCAGGAAUAAUGGGAACUGUAGUCCAAUGAUAUCUGGAGGAUCACAGGUUUUCAUGCAUGGCCUAGGACAAAAGUGUAACAAAGUGUGUGUGUUUGUGUGUGUGUGUGUGUGUGUGUGUGUGUCUUCAUGUCUGUGUCCUUUAAUUGGAAGAGGGGAUUUCUCCUCCCAAGUGGUCCAUCUCUGCUUGGCACUUUCCUCAGCUCCUUCCUUUUUUCUCCUACCUCUGAUUCAUACUCCACACAUUCAAAAGCAUUUUUAAACCUCCCAACUCUUGUACAGAGAAAAUGAAAGGGCUGAAUGCUGAAACUUGGAGCCUCCCCUGCCUUGGGGGAUAUGAGGCUCCCUCAUUUGUGGUUUUGCAAGUUGUGCCUCAGCUGGGCCAAGGUGCCAUUCUGAGUGAAGGGAUGGUGGAUUUGGAAAGAGUUGGCGCCCUUAAAAUUCUCCUUAUCAGCUGGAUUUGGCUCAGGAAGAGUUUGGACAGAGAGCAGUGUUCAUUGAUUGGGGUGCCCUGCUCUGUACAAAUCCUACACCCAGGAAGAUUUGCCUUACAUUAAGAUUGGAUUAUAUUAAGACUGAAUGCACCGUUUGUCAUAGACUGGUUUGCAUAUUGAUCAUUGCUUCCCGCCCCCACCCCCACCCCGAAAAGCUGCCUUCGUUUCAUGGGCCAAGUCAAUCCUCCAGCAUAUCCAUUUUUAUUUUGCUGCAAAGCACUUUGAAAUCCCAAAGAACUUGAAUGCACUCUAGAAGUGGGAAGGUAGGAAACCUUAUUCAGUGAUGACAUGGGUUUUGGAGGGGAAGAACAUGUUUAGAGUGGUAGACAUAUUGUCUAGAUAUGGACGAGAGAGAGAGAGAGAGAGAGAGAGAGAGAGAGAGAGAGAGAGAAAUUUCACUUGUAAGCCAUGGUCAGUCUGCCUAGCUUUGGAGCAUUUGUACUUGAAGAGACAAUCAGUUCAGUGCAAAUGGACAGUUUUGCUUCAAUAAAGCAGCAUUUUUGUCUCUAC